AUGUCGCUAACGAAUUAUUAUUCCAUGAUGGGGCUCCAGACUGAGGAGCCGUACGGUGCGCAUUUCAUCCCGGGAGGCUUGCAGGGUUCGGCGGCCGGCUGCGCAAAGCCAACCCGGAGAGGAGCGGAGGAGGAGGAGGGGACCCCCAUCCCGGAUUUUUCUCAUUUUUCCAACAAACAGACGAGCUUAAAUGGCUUCUCUCCUUGGGCCAACACCUCCACUUCUUCUGCGCCUUCUUCCCCGCAGCUGCAGUCCAAUGCAGGCCUUUUUCAUCCACAUCCACACCUCCUGAGCCACCACCACCACCACCACCCGUGGACGCAGCAGAAUCACGCCGAGCACCUCGCGUCAUCGGCGGCUUCAGAGAGCAGGUUCAUCCGCUGUUGGGAAGGUUCGACCCCAGCUUUGGAGACCCCUUUGUCCCAUGCAUCUGAUGGGUUUUCCGGGUGUGUCCCCGCUCAGGCUGACCUCUCCGAUCCAACACCGACGUAUGAGGCGGUUAAACCCGAGGGUUCACCUCCGUCAGACAGCCCCGGGGACUCCAGCUUCAACAGCCCGGCUGAGGUGGUCCUAGAGCGGCUUGGCACCGUGGAGGAGCUCGGUAGGAAGCCGGAGCCCAAGAAGGAGGACGAGGAGAGGAAAACAAAGCCCCUGAUAGACCCAGAAAACCCUGCAGCUAACUGGAUCUACGCCAAGUCCACCCGGAAGAAGAGGUGUCCGUACACCAAAUACCAGACGCUGGAGCUGGAGAAGGAGUUCCUGUACAACAUGUACCUGACCCGGGACCGGCGCCUGGAGGUGGCUGCACUCCUAAACCUGACGGAGAGGCAGGUGAAGAUCUGGUUCCAGAACAGGAGGAUGAAGAUGAAGAAGCUGAUGAUCCGGGAGAGGAGGGGUGGGAAUGAGUGA